AUCUCACACUCAUCAUUUUUCUUUUUAAGUUUAGUAUUCAUUCUCUCUUGAGCCUGUGUCGCUUUAAUUUGUUUGUUUUGUAGCUUUAGGGGUUAUGGAAAGCGAUAAGGCUCGUGCUCUUAGUAUUGUUCGAAAUGCGGAACUUGUACAUCCCGGUCUCCCUUUAAUUGAAGCAUUCCUCAGUGAUGCUAUAGAUGGCGAGCAGGCUGCAAGAUAUUUGUUGCAAACCUACGUCGAUGAUAGAAGUAAUGUUAACUUUGUAAAAUUCUUAAAAGAUUGGAAAGAUCUGCUAAGACUUUUCUAUGUGGAAUCUUCCCACUCGAGAAAUCUGAGCUGGGCUCUGAAGAGAAGAGUUGCGAAAAGAGAUAAUUAUCGAUGCUGUCUGACCGGCGUGCGAUGCAGAUUCUGGAGCAAUUGGAAUGUGUUUCCCAUUGUUCCUCCGACCGCACUUUGUAUGAAGGAACAAAGAUUAUUUGAUGUACUCGGUGCAUUUACUACAUCUUUCCACCAAGACCUGCUCAAAGACAAAACUCUAGAGAAUCAGAUUCGUAAUCAUUGGAUUUUGAGCGAGGAUGCGGCAAUGCCCCUUUCGAGAGGGGUGAUAAGACUCAAAAAGCUGGAAGGAGCAAAUUACAGCAUCUUGUAUAACAAUAUUGGCGGCAAUGUUCCAGCGAUGUAUACGUACAGCCAACAAGUCAAGUGGAAAUGUGAUCUAGUUGAUCACUCAAACUCGGGAAUUGAGAGCCCUGACCCGUAUCUUCUCGAUAUACAGUCUCGGCUCUCCAAAGCUCUAAAGUGGGCUGAAAUUGAUACGAAGAUAAACGGCCGCACAUCCUUACGCCGAAGUCAAAACACAAGCAGCAGUGCUUUCAGAGAAUCGAUCACUACUACCUUUCUCGUCAUGUGGUCUAAGUUCCCUGAAUUUGUCCGAUUCAAGACCUACCGAGUUUUGAGAACUGUUGGAUCAUAUCUCUAUGGAUCUACCACGAGAGGAGUUCAGAGGCUACCAUUCGGAAUGUACUUCAAAUAUGGUCCAGAAUACGACGCUGAUAACCACGCCAGAGAAUUCAGCGCUCUUAAAAUUGUGCGAAGUCGGACUUCCAUCCCUGUUCCAAAUCCCAUAGAUCUCUUAGUCUCACCCACUGAGUCCUUUCUUGUGAUGUCCCGCAUCGAAGGCGUACCCGCCGGACACGCUAUAGACGAAUGUAGUGACGAGGAGGUGCAUCAAAUGGCUCAAGAUCUGCGUUCCUACAUUGCGGAGUUACAUACCAUAGAACAGAACAAAGACUCUAAAUACACCAUCACCAACGCAACCGGGGGUCCUUGUUUGGAUUACCGUAUCGACAGUGAGCCGGUAGGUCCUUUUCCCACCGAGAAAGAAUUUAGUGAAUCGUUGCAGUUGGGGAUACUUCCUGGAUUGAUGCAUCGUACUGAUCACAAGAUAUUCUUUACGCACGCGGAUUUGAACAUGAGAAACAUCUUGGUCAAGGAUGGGAAGAUCUCAGGAAUUGUAGAUUGGGAGAAUUCUGGAUGGUAUCCGGAAUAUUGGGAAUAUAUCAAGUGUCGGUUUUCGGUCAAAAUACACAAGCGAUGGGUGAAGAUGAUAGAUGAGACAUUUGAGAAUAAGUAUGAGGAGGAGUUGGCGAUUGAUAGGCAAUAUUGGGAUUACCAAAGCGCUUGGUAGAUUGGAUUAUGCUUGAGGAUGUAUUGUGUAGAAAAUUCAUGGAGAUGCAAUCGAGUUGAUGGGGAAGAAGAAGAUCUGCUAGCGCUGUUUGACUAGGUAGGUAGGUAGUUACUGCAUCAGGCUUCCACGUGAUCUACCAACUUUUCUACUGAGGAGAUGGUUUAUGAUCAUCACCGAAUCGGUUAUUAGUACUCAGUACGCCUUACCAGUUCGAUAUCCAAGAACAAGAUCUUUAAAUCAGUUCUCCAUCAUGCUGAAGUGGAUCUAAGGAACAGGA